CGCUAUGAAAUGAACGCGCGCAUUUAUAAAGUCAGUUGGUCGAAAAGUUGGCAGUUCGUUUUACGUUCAGGGGAGUUCAGAGAUGGUCAAUGUUUAAGUCGGCAGUUCGCGACCGUUCGGCACAGCCAAUCAGUGGGCUAAAUUUGAACACGUGAUAUAUUACGCUCGGGUGAAGCUUCUAUGGGUGACGCCAUAGACAAAUAGAGAAAUUAACUUUCUCUAAACUAUUAACUUUCUCUAUGGAUGACGCUUAAAAUAUGUUCUGUCGUUCUGUGGCGAUAGGAAAGUUUAGUUCAUCUAUGGCCAUAGCGUCGGCGUUUUCAUUUUGUUUCUGUCGUUGGUCGUGGUUGGUCGUUGUCCUCGUGGUUAAAUUUUAAAUUCUCUAUUUUUAUUUAAUUUUAUUAAUUUCUCUAUUAGUCAUUAUAAUUAUGUCUAUGUCUUUAGUAGAGACAGAAUUCUGCGAGAUCGACGAUGUAAGUGGAUUAUUAUUAGAUAUAAUAACCAACUAUGAACAUCUAUAUAAUCUCGAACACCGGGAUUAUAAAAAUGUAUUAAAAAAACACCAAAGUUGGGUGGAAAUUGCACAGAUGUUGAACAUCAGUGUUGAAGAAUGCCAAAAGCGGUGGAAGGCCUUAAGAGACCGCUAUACCAAAGAAAAAAGGAUUGCCUCUAAAUCGGGAUCCGAGGCACCGGCGUCGAGGUGGACAUACUACGAGAGAAUGUCCUUUUACGCCAAAUUUUCUAAACAAAGAAAAACUUACACGACAACUCCAAAACUAUCUACUGAUGCCCCACGGGCCACGUCCUCACUGUGGAACACGAAGUUGACUUCAACGGAAGAUACGGGGGAAGAAACAUCUUCUUCCUCGAGGCCUCGAACGGUCAGCGGUGACAGCAGUGGUUUGGAGGACACACAGGUGUCCUCAUUGUGUGAUGAGGCAGGACCUAGCUCCAUCACCACACCAUUGAGGCAAGGAUCCCAAGUUAGAAAAAAUGCAGCCAAAAUGUCAACUGCUGAGAAAGAAAUGCUGGCAGUAGCAAAGGAAAUAGCGGCAAAAGUGGGACAGCCCAAAAGAUCCGAUCCAAAUAGAGCAUUUGUAGAAUAUGUAUAUUCGCUCCUGGAAGAAAUGCCUACAGAGGUAGCCAGGGCAAAAAGAAAACAAUUUCUUAGGAUGUUGGAAGAAGAUGAGAAUACAAAUUCUUAA